GGGCGCGGCGGGGCGGCGCCGAGCCGGCUCCUCCCCCGGCGGCCGCAGCCUCCUCGCCUUCCUCCAGCUCCGGCGCGGCUGCUCCUCCUUCCUCCCCGGGCGUCCGCGGCGAUGUUCAACCGCGCCGUGAGCCGGCUGAGCAGGAAGCGGCCGCCGUCAGACAUCCACGACAGUGAUGGGGGCUCGAGCAGCAGCAACCAGAACCCCAGGAGCACAGCCAAGUGGGCAGCCUCCUUGGAGAACCUGCUGGAAGACCCAGAAGGCGUGAAGAGAUUCCGGGAAUUUUUGAAGAAGGAAUUCAGUGAAGAAAAUGUUUUAUUUUGGCUAGCAUGUGAAGAUUUUAAGAAAACACAAGAUAAAAAGCAGAUGCAGGAAAAGGCCAAGGACAUCUACAUGACCUUCCUGUCCAGCAAGGCCUCGUCUCAGGUCAACGUCGAGGGCCAGUCCCGGCUCAAUGAGAAGAUCCUUGAAGAGCCACACCCCCUGAUGUUUCAGAAGCUCCAGGACCAGAUCUUCAACCUCAUGAAGUACGACAGCUACAGCCGGUUCUUGAAGUCGGACCUGUUCUUAAAGCACAAGCAAACGGAGGAAGAGGAAGAGGAGCCGCCGGAUGCCCAGACAGCGGCCAAAAGAGCUUCGAGAAUUUAUAAUACUUGAGUUCCUCCCCUCCCCCAGAGCCGGCAGGACUGGCCACCUUCAUAAGUGAAGGAAUCCGCCUUCGGGACCAUGGGGCUUCUAGACGCUUUGUUAUCUAAGGAUGGAGAUGUACAAAACCCUUCUGCGGGAUAAGUGUAUUUCAUUAACGCUUUGACAAGUAGGUUGUGCAUGAUUGCUAAUCUUUAAAAAAAAUUACUCUUCUGAU